GUUCAAAUUAUCGGUCCUGCACAGCAUCCUGUUGCCUCCCCUUGCGUGUGACGACACCAGUCCUCGCGUGCACGGCGGCGCGCUCAAAACGGGCGCGUGCAGCAUGCGCGCGUGCACACACACACACGGAGAGCGGGAUAGCAAUAAAACCUUCCCCUCCUCUCUCCCUCCCACUACCAGCCCCACCUCCCUACACUUGCUCACGUCGGAGGCACAGAACAGCGAGCCAGUUACUUCCCCUGCACAAUCUCCGUUCGUCAGCGCGCGCCAGCACGCGACAUGAAAAGAGAAGAGAGUGUCACAGCCCGCAGAGCACAAGCAGCGUAGCGCCUGCCGUUAACCACCGUUGCGUCGCGUCGGAACUGCUGCUGUUGCUGCGGGUGUUGCUGGCAUGGUUUCUGCUACGGCAGCGGCAAGGGCCGCGUCCACGACGGCGACGACUCCGUGAGGCAGCACGUCACGCGUCACGCGCGGACGCCUGUUGACUGCGACUGUUAUUGUUGUUGCUGCUGCUGGUGGUGGCGGUGGUUGAGGAGACAGAAGCUAGCAGCGUCCCGCUUGCACUGCAGCAUACUUCAGGCUGCAGCUCGCCGCGCUGGAGACAAGAGAGAGUAGGAAAGAAAGGGAAAGAGAGAGAGAGGGAAGACAAGUGGCUGGCGUCCAAGGGGGCAACCGGAAGUCGGUGCGUGCUUGCGUCACUGACGACCGCCCUCACGUCGCUGGCGUCGCGCCGUCAGAUCUUUUCCCACCCCUUCCCCUACCAUCCUCCUCACCCCACCCCAGGUUUCCAGAGCGCCAUCAUCCUCCAGCACCGACCCCACCACGGCCACCAUCACCGCCACCAACGCUGUUGCAUGCGAGCCGCGCUACAAGCUGCUUGGCUGGGCCUGAAGAAUUCGUGUUCACGUGUGUGUUUGUGUGUACUCGCCGAGAACUGCGAAGGCCUCUCCUGAAGUGCGGCGCCACUUGUAGAAACAUUAGUGCCGGAGCGAGUCACGCGCUCCUGACUGCAUGGCACGACGAGAUUCUUCCUCCCUCGACAACUACACUUCCCGGUUUGUUGUUGUGCUCAGUUCUUCACCUUAAAAAAAAAAGACAACAGAAAGAAAAGCAGGAGAGGGAGAGAGAAGGAGAGACAGCACAAGGGGAGAUUACAAGAGUGGAAAAACCAAGGUGCUGGUCCUAGGAUGGAGGGAGGAUAUAGUGCGGGGCACGACGUUUGAGAUCGCAGAGGCAGUGACUGCGUGGCUGGUCCAUCCGCACAAGCAAAAGUUGACAGGAUGUUGUUGAAACGUCACUUCCGGUCGCUGCUGCCCCUCCAGUGCCACCUAUGGUGUGGGGUGCAGUGCGUGGUACUGCUGCUGAUGCUGGUUGACAUGGCAACGGCAGCUCAGAUGUGCACCAAGUCAGUGCCGGUGCAGAGAGACAAAGAAAGCCGCAAGGUGCACGUGCUACGACGUGUGCCCGCCACGUGCUCCAACUGGGAGAAGGCGUGGUCGUGGAUUACCAAAAAAGACUGCGGCACCAAGUACAGACUGGAUUUAGUGGACCUACCAUCCCACGAUGUCAUUACCUAUAAACUGGCCAAGGUGUGUUGUGAUGGAGACACCCAGUGUAAAGAAACGACUCCAGAGCCGGGUGCCAACGUGACUGACGACAAAUUUCUGGCCAUCGUCCUGGGCUCCACGGCAGCCGCCCUCUUCCUGCUCAUCCUCGUCAUCGGCGUCAGCCUCUGUCACCGGAAGAGGCAGUGCACCUUGCUAUGUGAGGAGCAGAGGCAUGUCUACGCCAGUGCAGAGGAAGCUGAUGACUGCUCAGAAGGCGAGGACCACAAGACCUGCCAUCCGUCCGAUGAUGAGACGGAGAACAAGGUGAUCGAGUCGGAGUACGCAGAAAUCAACGACGCCAGCCUGCCCAGGUACACCGACAUCUUCAAAGAGCCGGCGGAAGUGGAAGGGCCCUUCACCCGAGCCUCCGCACCGCCCCUCCCCUCCUACGAGGUCGGACGCGAGCGUCACGUGCACUUCGAAACGCACGAACGAACUAGCGCGCCGCGCGAACUACGACAGAGCUCCGCAGCCGCCGCCGCGCCGCGCGCCGCUUCCAGCCCCGUGGACCCUGACCCCCCAGCAGCAGCAGCGCCGCCAGCGGAAAGCGGCAAAGGGGAGACCACUGUCAAGGACUCGUCCUACUACAACGUGGCCAAGCAGAAGGCGGUGAAGGCGAUGGUGCGGGAGGAGGCCAGCUUGGACCGCCAGGCGAUGCUGGACGAGCGGGUGAUUGUGUUGAACGGACCUCCCGCAGGUUCCUCCGCCGCCUGCACGUGUGGUGCUGCUGCUGCGGCUGCAGCUGCUGCAGGUGGUAGCGGUGGAAGAGCAGCUGCCAGCCGCGGUUCGGUGGCGAGAGAAAGCCAGACUAACUGCACGUACGAACGGUUGGAGGAGAAAGCAGACGUGGACAGACACGAGUACCAACGCUUGAACACCAGCGCCGUUCGCGGCGGUCCGCAGGCGUCACCGGCCGCCUGCAGCUUCCACACCCCCACUAUCUCCCCCUUCCCCAUCCCCAGCGAAGACGAAGAGGAGGAGAGCGAGGAGGGGGAGGACGGGGUCAAGGUUCUCAGCACCAGUGGCGCCGCCAUUCACCUGGCGGCCAACGGCCACGUGGAGGCGGCCACGACAUGCUGACGACGAGCGACGUAUCCGCGCGGUACCUACGUCUCUACAGUGCAGCUUGCAGGUGAACAGCGAUCACGACUGCCGCUCGUGCAUCUUCUAUCUUGAGCGAGAAAACAAUUUGUGGGACGGAGGGUGUGGUGGUUGUAACAUGACAAAGACGAGAAGGGUUAGAGGUCAAUAAGCAUGCAUCAGUAAGGUCAUAAGGUCAAGGGAGCAGAAAUUGUGUCUAAGGGCUUUGUCGGUGGACAACGACUCUAAGCAAUGGAGUCAUUGUGUGUUUGUGUUUGUGCAUGCGUGCUAAUGUGUGUGUGUUUGGGGUCAAGAGUACUCGACCAGACGUGCAGAACUCUGUGAAAGAAAACUUUUUAAAGUGACGCAAUAAUGGAUUAACACCCUCGAGUCUCCUUUCACCUAUCCCCGUGACUGACGGUCUACCUGUCGGGGUUGUUACCUCCAUCUGUGUCAGGUACAUUGUUUUCUUGGUCCAUGGGUCCUUAUUUUUGGCUACGAGCAAUCUACCCAAGACUCAGCCUGAAGUAUAUUUGAUGCAGACACAGCACAGAGACUAUUUUAACGUGACUUAACCCCUCCUAACCUUUCCCUUGAAGGUAGAGUGUCAAUGCAAGACGUCAACUGGAUGCGGGAUGCAGCUGCUCGAUGGAGGCAAAACAAAGCGGUUGAUACAGCCAGCCAAGACGAUCACCCGCCGGUCUCGUUGAACGUUUGCAACACGUCCAAGUCGACCACCCGUCGCUUCUCGUGUUUGUCAGACACGUCAGCAGUGUGUUGAUGCAUUUCACGAAGUUUCUGCUCAUAAUGGCUACAAGUCAGGUCACCUGCUCACUCCGAGAACGUGGUUGCAGGCAGCCAAGGCGAUCGUCCACCUGGUUCACCGUUUCUGCCGGCAACAAUGGUCAAGCAUCCUCCAAAAAGUCUGUGGUGAAGAUUGUCUUUGCAAUUUCUGCCUGAAUGUGAUUCACGUGGUCUUCACAUAAAAAAUUGGCGAGAUGUGAAAAACGAGGACACUGAACAUGUCAUCAGCCUUCAGAGCUGACCAAAAUUUGUGAUAAACACAUACCAGGAGACUUUUUCACCUGGAUGUCUGGCUGCAGACCUCGGACUCUCGAUUGUCUGAUGACAUUUUUGAUUUCUGGUUUACUCUGUCUCGCACCAAGGCGAUAGUUAUCGUGUUGACUGAUCUCGAAGAGGAACACCUCCCAACACCUCAGUGGGGAAAGGUUGCUUCACGCUUUGUCUGCAGCGUCCCACGAUGACGUCAAGCAGGCUCAAUAACAGCCUCGUGCACCUGACCUUUGGCCUCUUACUCUGACCUUUGGCUGCUGCAUUUGCGCACGCUGUGAUGCUCGGCCGAUGUUUACAUCUGACAGGAAUCCUCGCAAAGCUUAUCACCGUCGUUAAAUAACGGGCUGACAAACACCACGUCACGCGAGUGACGUGAGCUGGCAAAUUGUCACGUGACACGCUAUCGCAACAUGGCGUGUUUAUGCAGUAGGCAGGACAAAAACACAGCAUCCGAUUGUACGCAUCGUGCCAGUGAUUUUGAAUUUUUUGAGGGAUUUCUUUUUUUCACUCCCAUGUAUCACGGACGAUUAAUUAAUUAUCCGUGAGUGAGUCUUAAAAAUGUCGUGAACUGCUGUGUGAAAAUUAUUUAAGAUAUGUGUAAAUGUUUGUGUGUUUGACUGUUUGACAGACGUGCAGGAGAAAUGUAGGGUACAAAAUGGUUCAUGAAAGGAUGUCAGGAAUUUUUAAUAGUAUUCUUUGGUUCAGACGUCAACGAUUCUUUAGGUUCCUUUAUUUUUUUUUUCUUCUUUUCUUUUUUUUUUUGCGAGAACCGCGACACUGUUGCCAGGCCUUUUAUUCUGACUUCCAAAGAUCAGAGUGUCCACAUGAUUCACACCUGCACCACCGAGCUAUACGAUAAUUGACUUCCAUAAACAAUCGCUGACAAAAGUUUUGCUUCCUUAUUUUAACCUGUUGCCUUUUUGUCCAAAAUGUCUCUCACGACCUAGGAACAAAUUUUGGUGGGAGGAGGGGGUUGUUGUGGGAUAAGGAAUUGAGAGGGAGUGCACGGCAGAUAGAGAGAGAGAAAGAGAGUGUGGGAUAAGGAAUUGAGAGGGAGUGCACGGCAGAUAGAGAGAGAGAAAGAGAGAUACGGCAGGCAGGAAAGUAACUAGAGAACUACACACCUGUAAACCAUUAUUCAUCCCUUCAUGGAUCUCCCUCAAACACUCCCCCUCACUGCCCCUCCCAACACACAAAUGCACAAAAAGAGACAAAAAAAGUUGGAACGAUGGAAAUGAACAAAGGAUAGAAAAAUCAAGCAGAUAGGGCGGAAAGAGAGGGAAAAAAAAAUGAUGAGACUGUAGAAAAAUUGCGAAAUAAGAUUGGUGGAGGAGGAAGGGUGAGAUGGAGGAGGAGGGGGAGGGCGGAAUUUUGAUCUCUGCGAUCAUGUUGCCAUCAAGCAAAAGCUAGCACAAGUCUGAUACAGUCGGCAGAACCUAAUUCUCAGACCUCGACAAAUUCUCGGACUUCAAAAGUGUUAACGACGUCCAUCGAUUGACAAUGGAGAGAAAGGAAGUUCUCUCCCUUUGUAAUUCUCUUCUCCGUGGAAUGUCAGGAUUGUCUUCCCUUCCCCUCCCUAUCCCGGCAUCCACCUCUCUUUCUGAAAUAAUCAAUCCACAAUAAAUAUUUUUUUAAAUUUUUAACCGUGAGAAUGACCUCUGCCCCCAACCUCACCCGACCCCCAUGACCCUUACAUCGUCAAUAAGCUUACAUCGUCCCUUACAUCGUCAACACGGCACUAGAGUUAUUUCGCCUUAAAGCACUGGACGUUUAUUUCCUCACCUGCCCUGCGGUUACCUGCGACACAAGAGCACUAUACCUUGAGUGGUUUCGAUCACCUGCCCUCAACACCGAGCACGUAAUGAAAGGGAGAGAAAGCAAAGAUAUCAUGUGGACGUGCCUACAGACCCUCUGCUGCCUGGAUUCGCGUCUAGAAAUACUGAAUUAAUUCGGCUUUACCUUUCCUUUGUAGAUGUGUUUAAUAUUUGAUUUUAUUUUGUUCUCAUGUUAAUGGCAAUAGAUCAUAAGACUAAUCAACUUUAAUGGUGAGAAAUGUUUUUUCCCAGAGUCUACAGUACCUCAAGAAAGAAAUGUUGCUAAGAAGAGUGGCUCAUCUGUUUGCACACGUGUUCACCUCAGUUCGCGCCACGUUUCUGCUGGUCCUACAGUAAUAAAUGAGAGUAAUAAACCCAGGAGCAGUAGUCUUACUCUCGAGUUUGCCUUACCUCAAUAUUCUCAGUAUUUUUUUAGCUUCACAAAACGGAGAUAUCUAGAUACCCGCCCUCCUCACCCAACGGCGCUAAUUUUCAGUUUCAGGGUACUUCUGUGCUAAUCCUAGUUACCUCAGCUUCAUGACUACAGCAUCAUGGCGAGUUCUUCUUCGAGGGACGAGGGACCUCGAUUUAAUUACAAAUGGAGUAACUAACUUGAAAAGAUGAUCUGCACACCUCCUACCCAUCUGUAAGAAAGGUCAAAACCAUUUGCAUCUCAGUCGAUGCUGAGGAAGCGGACCCAGCUGUGCAGCAAGUCGUUAGGGGCGCUACACCCGGGGUGGUUACCGCCAAACAGUCAAUGUUAACUGCUAGUAUUUUAUGUUCAUGCAGCUAACGAUCAGUGAUGUGCCGUGCACACCAUUCUCCCCCGCCACCCUGAUUUAUCUUUAUUUCUUCCUCCCUCUUCUGUUCCCUGCAUCGUUCAGAUCAGGUUUGCCUUCUCUCUCUCUUUUCCAGGCGUACAAACGCUGGGGUGGUUACACCACAGUGCCACCCGACCUUCGAUCCUCGUACGCACCACCCGUUCCUCACCUUUCCAAGUCGCGUUUCCUCACCCACCAGUCCGUCCCCACCCCAGCCCCACCAGACCUCGCGCGCACGGAAAUUCAAUUCGCCCUCAUCCAAAUGGUUGGCAUUAAGGGACGCUCUGCAGCAGACAGGACGGCGAACAAUGGCGCAGCUGCAGUCAUCAGAUAGACUUCGACCCGUGUCGGUGAGGCUUAAACAGAAAAUUGUCCCAGCGAUCGAUCUGCAGCGCUGGCUUAUAUACCUACUAACAUCAUCACCAGCGCCUGGGUGGUUAGCUCACCAGCUUCCCCCUUCACUCCAUCUCUCACAAGUUUCACGAUCAGUUUCGGUGAUGCCAGGUCGACACACGACAAUUUUUUUAUUUUAUUAUUUUUUUUUUCCUGUGAGAGAAAAGAUAGGAUGCGAACCUACACAAUAUUCUCCAGCACGACUUUGCAUCCUAUCCUCCAUCUUCCUUAAUCCCCAUUCCCACACCUUCCCCAUCCCCAUCCGGUUGCCUCAUUGCUAGCUUCUUGAAGUGCGAACUAUGAUCUAUACGCUCUCUGCCAUGACGAGGCCUCGCCGCCACCGGGUACAAAGACUGAAAUCGAUCUCCACCCGUAAUAUGUGAUGGCGGAGACAGAGUCACGUGGUGGGGUAGAGGAUGGAGAGGGUGGGAAGGAGAUGGUUUGAAGCCAGAAACAUGCUGGCUGCUUGCUGAAACGCUAGAUGGUCACCCCACAGAGGAACUCUCCUUAUUAUUAUUAUUCUUAGUUGUAGUUGCUGCUGCUGUAUCCAUUAUUGCUUGGGAGGCUGGACCAUCACGGUGUUCUACUCUAAUGCGACAUUGCUGCGAGCUUGGUUACCACGGUUACGAGACAAGAACAAAAGUUACAACACCUUGGCCUUUCUCCUCCGUUUCAUUCAUUCAACCAAACCCCUUUUUCACCAAACCAAGCUUCCGAUUUAACCCUUUCCCUCCACUCCCAUCAGUUUGAGCUUCCAAUGCGUGAUUUUAGAAGAAACUGUAUCUGUUUGCACUCAGACCAAACUCGUUCCCGUUGUCAUGACGAUUAUAGUUCUCUCGAGGGUGGGUGAGAAUAGAGGAAAGAUGACACCGGCAUGAUGAUAUGGACCACACGUGUGGAGGUGUCAAAACCCUCCACUGUCCCCCGCCACAUGGGAAUCUUAUCUGUCGCACAGAAAAUAUGGAGUAAUGCACUUCUCAUUUGUUUAUUUGUUUUAGAGAUGCAUUGAAGGAUAAUAAUUUUUUUAUCUUCGUGGUGCUGGUCAUUUUGUACAAGCCUCUCUCCCAUUUGUCUGUCUACCUGAUUCAGUGUGUAUGUAAGUUGAUACAUUUACGAGCACCUUUAUCAACCCACGUGUUUACGCACGUGCGAGUGCACGCACUCACAUUGCUAUCGGUCUGGAGACCUUAAAAAAAAAAAAUAAUAAUAAUCGUCUGGAACGUGGUGCGUUUCAAUCACAAAUGAUCACGUUGAUCAUCAGCAAUUUCGGAUUCUUUAAUAUCCUGACAUUAUUAUGCCUUAGUUUGCGAUUUACGUUUUUAUUAUAAGUUUGUUAUCGUCGCUGGCCACAGCAUCUUCCAAUAUGAACAAGUGAUGCAAGGAGGUACCUGCGCGGGAUCUUACUAGCAGCACUCUCCGCCGUCAGAAGGCGUCCAUUUUGACCUACUUGGCGUCCAUUUUGACCUACUUGCGUGACCUGUUCCUGGGCAGGUGUUUGACCCUGUAGACUCGCUGCUACUGGAAUACAGAGGACGGCACCGCGCUCGGGAGGUUCGGUCUCGCGUUACCUGUGAUGUAAACAACUGUUUUAUUCCUCUCACCUGCUGUAAAAAGACUUUGAAGUCGAUGCUUCCUAUGAAUGCCUGGUUGGCCUGAAAGACUGGUUGAAUGAAUGACGAGAUGGUUGAGUUGUCUGGUUGGAGAGACACACAUCACCUCUAAGGGACAAUAGAUAUUUUAUACACCUCUUGAGGCCAUGCAAAAUAUUUGGGAUGAGAAGUAGCCAAUGCACGCUCGUUGUUAUAGAAUAUAUUUUUCAUUUGUUGGAUUUUAAUGAAACACAAGAGAAGCAGACGAGAAGGAGGCAGAGGCCAGAAGUGGACGUGGGACGGAGGGUCAACUUCCUGUGUUGUUGUCUCCGUGGGUUUCGCACUGCACCAGAAAAUUAUUUGUGAGAGUGAAAUCUGUAAUUAUCAACUCUGUACGGCGUGUUGUCAUGGUUCGCUAUACGUUUGGUGUGUAGGUUUACGUGUGAUUUACGUCCUUAAGACGGAAGCCAGUCUCGACGACUGUGAAAAUGUGGAAGCCGAGACAAGACACUAAAAGCCGGAAAUUUUAAUUCAACGCUGUUUUGUUUUUGUUUUGUUUGUUUGUUUGUUUUUUUUUUUCCUUCCCCGUAGCUCUCCAAAAUAAAUAUCACCAUAGCGACGUUUAAUUAAUCUCUUACCAGAUCGUCGUUUAAUUGCAGUGCAGCACAGCUGCUUUAAGUAAGGUUGUUUUUGUCUAUUAUUAUUUUUGCACAAACGUGGAAUGUUUGCAGAAAAGAUUGCAGGUGAACUGCCUGGCGAAUACGAGCGUGGGCAGGCAGACAUGUAGGUGGGCAGAGUUAAGGAGGGUGAUGAUGGAGGAAGAGCGAGAGAAAGAGAGAAAAAAAAAAUAGGAGUGGGAGGAGGUGGAAAAUGAAAGAGGAAAAUGAGACAAAGGAGCUUUGAGCUAACCCUACCAGAGAGACCGGUGGAAGCGAACUGUGACAAACAACGAAACAUUUGGAGCAGCGGACGGCGCCGGUGUCUCGACCACCCGGAGACCUCGUAAUGGAACUGGGAGGGCGGUCACUGAUACUGUGAGAUGGCGACCACAGAGUCCGUCCUGUGCUCUGUCUGUCUUGUGCUGACCGUUAUAUUUCGAGAGAGGGAGGGACACAGAGAGAGUGGGAGUAGUUGCUGACGUCACCCAAGAUUUUCUCCCCUUUCCUCCCGCCCAACCACGUGUCCUGAAGUGCGGCAAAGUGAUCAAAGGUGGCACUGACUCCAUUGAUAGUUGAAGGAAGAUAGGAGUGACGAAAUGCUGGGGAUUGUCUUUAAAGAAAAAAACCAGGUGAAAAUGCCAACUAAAGUCCAGACUUAAUUCCCUUUUCAAUUUGCUCUAGGCUGCCCAAAAUGGCGGCGCUGUCACCAGUGUCACAUGACGUCAGCGGGGGGAAGAAGGGUCUAGCCAUUCAUUUGCUAACGAUAUUGUAUUCGUGAAAGUAAUCCUUCACGACUAAAAGGCCGGAUCCUGCCAGCAGACACUCGAGGUAAGCCCCUUGACGGCGCUCGUUUCUCCACUGACUCUCUAGGCUGUCAGUCACAGUCGUAAUCCUAACUCCCAACACCACCCGCUCCCUGUAUUCUACCACAAGUGGGUAAGGCUAGACAUGGUAAGUGAAGAUGGAGUUGACAGUGGCUUCCAGAUAAUUCAUUGUGGGCUUGUAGCUCGGAGUCUAGAACCUCUGGCAAAGUCUGCUGCCAAAGGACAAUCUGAUUAUCGGGGUCUACUACAGAGAGAUUAAAGAGGAAGAAAACCAAGAAUGAUUUGAACAUGAAGGCAAUGGAUGUUUCUCCGACGAAGGCUAGCUUUCUCUCGUGUUCUGUUUUGUUUUCAUUCAGUUUUCCUUUCUCUCUCUCUCUCCCUCACCGAGUGAAUGAGUUUCAUGGUACUGACGCAUGAAAUAUAUACAUAUCUUAACUACAGACCAUGCAUGUUGUUGGACGAUGAUGAAAUCUUUAUCUGAUAAUAGUUUUCAUGGCAAUUACAAUGGUGGAGGUUUUAUCUUAAGCUAUGGAGGUGAAGAUGUACCUAAGGGGGAGGGGUUUGAGAGCACUAUAGGGGUCAAAGGUUAGGUGGUGGCGAUGUACAGUAUAAUAGCGCAUUUUUUUCCUUUUGUAAUGACGAGUAAAGUGUGGGUGUAGAGUGACGUAUUGUGCCGUUGACAAUAUGAGUGAUAUAUAAAUAUAUAUACUGACCGUUAUAUUGCCUUGUCGUUGCUGCUUCAGUAAAACAUCUUGGAAACACGA